UGUGGGAUUGGAGUAGUCGGGCCGGGAGUUUAGACUUGUAGGGGAUCAUGGGGACACCAACAUGGAGUUGGGGCGGAGGAAGGACUAGCACCGGGGUUAAGAAGAGGAAAUGGAGUGGUGGAAGGUUGGAGGCGGAGAGAAAAAAAGGCGAUAGGAAUGGAGGGGAGGGGGCCUAGAUUCCAGUGGUAGCCCUGGGGCAGGGGAUCCGAGGCGGGGCAACCAGAAGUAGGUACGCAGCCCCGGAAAAGCAGAGUCACGAACUGGAGCGGAACUUCUUAGCGGAGAGUAAAAAGCCUGGAGUGUGGGGCGGAGGCCCGACCGUACCAGGCCGGUGGGAGAGGAAAGGGGUCUUUUCCGUGGAGGAGGAGAGUAGGGAAGGGGGGAAGAGAGACCUGAAGGAUGUUGGGCAGGUUUGGUAAAGAGGGAACUAAAGCCAAUCAAAUGACCAUCUUCUAGACUUAGAUCAGCCUUUUCACAGUUCUUAUAGCAGCAUCUGCCCCAAUUUCAGCUGAAGACUCAGGGGCCCCAGGGACUGGAAGAAAUCACAAUACUUGGAAAGAAGAAGAGGUAGCGACUUGCCCCAGCUCAACCCCAGAGCGGGUAGCCAGGAACAUUUCUGAGAUGGGAGUAAAAUUGAGAGAGUCUCCUUUUUUGUGAUGAAGCAACAAAAAAGCUCCGGAGUUGGGCUGCUCACAAACCAAGCUGUCUGUUUGUAUGGAGUGCCUGGAGGGCGUCUGCCAUGAGUCUGUCGCUAACCGUGCUAACCAGGAGAGCUGGCUGGUUGGGGAGAAGACACUAACCCUGAGCUAUUGGCUAGAGGAAGUGGCGGGGCUGUGGGAUGCGGAGAGCCGAGGGCUGACUCCCGGACAGCGGAACAGAGAGAGCUGCCGACAGACGGACGCAGGUUGAGGAGCUCUCACCUCCCAGAAUGACCAGUGCAGCCCCUGCUAAGAAACCCUACCGGAAGGCACCACCUGAGCAUCGGGAGCUGCGGCUGGAAGUUCCUGGCUCCCAGCUCGAGCAGGAGGAGCCCCUGACUGACACGGAGAGGAUGAAGCUUUUGCAGCAGGAGAAUGAGGAGCUUCGCCGGCGCCUGGCCUCAGCCACCAGGCGCACUGAGGCCCUGGAGCGCGAGCUGGAGAUUGGGCAGGACUGCCUGGAGCUGGAGCUGGGCCAGAGCCGUGAGGAACUGGACAAAUUUAAGGACAAGUUCCGCAGGCUGCAGCACAGCUACACAGCUUCCCAGAGGACCAACCAGGAGCUAGAGGACAAGCUGCAUACGCUGGCCUCUCUUAGCCACAGCUGGAUUUUUGCAAUCAAGAAGGCUGAGAUGGACAGGAAGACACUGGACUGGGAGAUCGUGGAGCUGACCAACAAGCUGCUGGACGCCAGGAACACCAUCAACAAGCUGGAGGAGCUCAAUGAGCGGUACCGGCUGGACUGCAACCUGGCUGUGCAGCUCCUGAAGUGCAACAAGUCUCACUUCCGUAACCACAAGUUCGCUGAUCUGCCCUGUGAGCUACAGGACAUGGUUCGGAAACAUCUGCACACUGGUCAGGAGGCUACCAGCCCGGGGCCUGCCCCCAGCCUGGCCCCAGGGGCUGUGGUGCCCACCUCGGUCAUUGCCCGCGUGUUGGAGAAGCCGGAGUCUCUUCUGCUCAAUUCGGCCCAGUCAGGCAGCGCCGGGCACCCCCUGGCUGAGGAUGUCUUUGUGCACGUGGAUAUGAGUGGGAGUGACCCAGGUGACCCAGCCAGCUGCCCAGCUCCGGGAAGCCCCGUCCCCCAACCCAACGGGGAGUGCUGCUCUCUGGGCACCGUGGGGGGCUCCCCAGAGGAGGAGAUGUCCCUGCCGGCCUUUGAGAAGCUGAGUCCCUACCCCACCCCGUCUCCACCCCACCCGCUGUAUCCUGGCCGCAAGGUGAUAGAAUUCUCUGAGGAUAAGGUGCGGAUUCCCCGCAACAGCCCCCUGCCCAACUGCACUUACGCCACCCGCCAGGCCAUCUCCCUGAGCCUGGUGGAGGAGGGCAGUGAGCGAGCCCGCCCCAGCCCAGUGCCCAGCAGCCCUGCCUCAGCCCAGGCCUCCCCGCAGCACCAGCCCAGCCCCGCCCCCCCGGGGCUCAGUGCCCCAGCCAGCUCCGCCAGCUCCGAGGAGGACCUGCUGGCCAGCUGGCAGCGGGCAUUUGUGGACCGCACUCCGCCCCCAGCCACUGUGGCCCAGCGCACAGCCUUUGGACGUGACGCGCUCCCUGAACUGCAGCGCCACUUUGCUUUUGGUCCCGCUGGCGGAGAUGAGGAGGUGCAGGCACCUUCUUUCCCACCCGGUGAAAGUGGGCUUUUGCUGCCAACAGAAGCUGACCCUGGCUUUCCCAGGGAGGAGGAAGAGGAACAGCUGAACCUGCCCAUCAGCCCCGAGGAAGAGCGCCAGAGCCUGCUGCCCAGUGAUGGUGGCACAGAGGAGGGGCCUGGCACUCCUCGCACUGAGGGCAGGGCCUGGGCACUCCCCAGCUCCAGCCGCCCCCAGCGCAGCCCCAAGAGGAUGGGGGUGCACCACCUGCACCGCAAGGACAGCCUGACCCAGGCCCAGGAGCAGGGCAACCUGCUCAACUAGGGCCCUGCUUGCCUUCCUGCCACUGCUGCACGGGGACUGCAAAGGUGCCCCAACCCUCGCAGCUCAGGGUCCCCACCUAGCCCAAGCCCUUGGCCUCUGCUCCCUGUGCAGAUAGGGUCAGGCUACACCAGGCCUUUCGCUGCACUGACUGUAACUGGUACCAGCUUGCCUCAUGGUUUUUCCCUCCUGGAAUAUUUAUUCUCCAAAGGUAACAUGCAGCUGGGGCUCAUGACCUUUCUUCCAGUCGGCCCAAAUUGGUCUGUUCUGGGGAGCUGAGGGGGUUAUUACAUCAGUGUUUAUCCUCCAUCCUCCUUUCAUAUCCACCAGUUUUCUAUUUUUUCUGGCAGGGGGGUGGGGGGAGGAGGGUCAUUGGGAUUAUUAACCUCUAAUUUCAGUUUUCACCUGUUUCCCUCUCCCCCCAAAUCCUCUGCACGAGCUGUUGCCUUCAAGGGCCUGGCACAGCAGGCCCUCGGGGGGAUGAGGGAGAGGACUGACUCAGGGCUCCCCUCAGCUGUUUCCUUCCUCCCUCUGGAAGGGAGUAGAGGGUGGGAUUCAGGGCCCUCAAGCUGGGUUCUAGGUGAAUCCUGGUCCCACUCCCAACCUUGGCUCUAGACUGUUAACUCCCAGCUUUGGGAAAUUUUCACAUCAAUAACUAUUUUAAAAUUAAAUAAAACUAUUUUACUGGUAUGGCC